AUGAAAAAGGAAAUUAAGCAAAAAGCCACUGUGAGCCAAGGAAAGUCCAUUGAAGAACUAAGAAAAGAAGUUAUUAAUAAUAUUGAAAAUUUUGCUCAAAGAGAAAUUAAAUUUAAUUCUUUAUUAGAAAAAGAUCUCAAAAAAUUUUGUAAAAGAAUUAAACAAGCCCCUAAUGAAGACAUUUUUGUUAUUGAGCAAGAAGCAAUUAGUUUUAUCACCGAGCAGAAACACAGGAGACAAGUAUUAGUUGAUCCGGUUAGAGGGGAAAGAGAUAAAAGCAAGAUUGAUAAUAAUGCUACUUUAUACGGUGCUCCUCGAACAGGAAAAUCAAUUAUUGUUGAAAAGUUAACUUAUCAAGCGGAUAUUUAUCCGCUAGUAGUUAUUCAAGGUUCUAGUUUAACCCCUAAUCUUAACGAUCAAAAAUGUACCAUUGAUAACUUCAAAAAGUUUAUUUAUACUGUUUGUGAUAUAAAUAAUAGUCUAGUGGAUGAGUUUGGUUUAGAAAGAAAUCCGGAAAGUGGCGAACCGCAAUACAUUUUCUUUAUUGAUGAAGCCAAUCAAGUUAGUGAAAACACUUUUGUCAAAAAAUCAUCGGGUUUAACUUUUCUUAAAGAAUGUACCGGUAGCGAUGAUUACAAAAAUAAUGAAAGCCAUAAUUUAUGGAUUAUUGCGACUAACUAUUUAAGCGAAAUUGAUGAAGCAGUUUAUCAACCCGGCCGAUUAGCUAAUCAAUUAAAUUUCAAAUAUGCAGAAGAUGCCGGUAUUUAUUAUGAUUUUCCUCAACACUGGCAAAAUACUAAUUCUUUAGAUAAGUUUAUAGCCAAUUCUGAUAACAAAGAAAUCUUAGAAGAAAUUAAAGAGAAAGCAACUGGUAAAGAUGGUAAAGAAAUCAUCGAUGAAAAAACUAAAAAACCUAAGGAAAUAAUUCAACAAAAAGGAAUUCCAUUGGGAGAAUUUCUAGAAUUCUUUUGGCAAAAAUUUGAUAGCGGAGAGUUUCCUCGAGAACCAAAAAUCGAAAAAGUGGCGAAAGAGAUCGGAACUAAUAUUCAACAGACUCUUGAUAUCCGUUUAAAAGAAAUAGAGAAAACUAGUGAUGAAGUAUUAAAAGAUAAAAAUAUGACACAACAACAAUUAAUUACAAAAAUAAAAAAGAAAAUUGAAGAAAUUCAGCAAUUAAUCAACAAUUAUAAACAAGAAACAGCAAUAAAAGAAAAUGCUCUUUUAACCUUGAUAAAAGAAUUAAACACCAUUGAAACAAAUAUGAAAACGACUGAUGCCUAUGAAACAAACCAAAAAACUAAGCGAGAAAAAUACGACUUAAAAUCUAAAUCCUUAGAAGCGGCAAGGACAGAAAAUAAAAGAUUAGAUGAACGUGAUAAAAAAAUAGAUGAAUUAUUGGAAUCAUCCAAAAGCAAAGAAAAAAAUUUUGAAAAGCAAAUAAGUGAUAUUAAAAAAGAAUUGAAUGAUCCAAAUAUUUCAAAAGAAAAAGAGCAAGAGUUAAAAAAUCAAUUAGCCUUUAUUCAAACUCAAUUAGAUGAAGAAAGAAAAAAUAAUAAAAAACUGAAUGAAGAAAAAGCAAGAAAUCAAAAGCAACGAGAAAAAAAUAACGAAACCAUUAAUAAAGCCGAAUGUUAUAAUGAAGAACAUAGAAAAGCCACUGCUAUUUUGGAUUCUUAUAACGAAGUCAAAAAAAGUAAUGAUGAGAUUUCUUUGAAAAAAACGAUUGAAUAUGCAGAAGGAUUAAAAGAAUAUCACUUUGAAGGCAUUUUGGAUUUAGUAGAAGAAGAAGCAGAAUUAGAGAGUUUAAGAAAAAAAUUAAGAGAAUUAGAAAAUAAUAAAAAUACUUAUUCUGAUCAAGAAAAUACCACUGAAAUAGAGUUUGAUAGGGAUAAAUUAAAAUUUGACCACACAGGAGAACUAACUGUUGCUAAUUAUCCUAACUUGGAAAGAAUUAUAACAACCGGAGAUGGAAAGGUUAAUAAUGUUACCAAAUUAACUAUCAGCAAUUGUCCGCAAUUAGUAGAAAUAGACAUUACUGAUUGA